AUGGCGGACAAAACACCAUCUCCUCUGCCCGACAUGAACCGGAACAGGCUCCCUACGCUGUUCGAGGUUCUUAGCAGACGAACCCUGCCUCCUGUUGAUCUCUUCUCGUUCUACAUCUACAUGCGCGACCAGCAAAGAUCAGUGGAUUAUUUGGACUUCUGGCUUGAUGUUGCUCAACACAUGUCUCUCUGCCGGCACUAUGUUCGAGAGCUACGAAGAUCAGUUAUGAUUGGCACCCCAGAGGGCGAUAAAUCACAGUCAAAGCGUUCAUCGGCUAUCCUGGAGAGCUUGGGUGAUAUGAAUCAUCCUGUUGCUGGCCCGUCCAUGUUCACGUCUGAGAAGGAGAAAAACCAAGAUGCACAGAUGUCAGCCUUUCUUCGAGAGGAGACAGCCAACGGCAGCAACAUUAGGCAAUCCCCUCCCGGCAGCAUUAGUUCUCAUCAGUCAGGUGUCGGCCAGACGCAAUCAAAUGAAAGACAGCCUCGACCAAGCUUCAUGAGCAGCCCCCUCGAAUUGGCUACAGACUCGGACUCUCCCGGGCAUACAGUUGCCAGAGCUGACAUCAGAGCAUCAGCUGAGAAGAUCCUUUAUACCUUCCUCCUCCCCGGAGCCGAGCGCGAGAUCAUUUUGCCGCAUGAAAUCACGCAUGAAAUUACCGUCUCUAUUGAAGAGAGAGGCCGAGAUGAUCCGGAAGUUUUCGAUGCUGCUAAAGACUACGUUUUCCAGGCCAUGGAACGUGACGCUUUCCCGGGUUUCUUGCGAAUGAAGGCUCUUGGCAAUCUUGUCCCUCCUUCUAUGAUGAUGAGGCUGAUCCUGGGUCUUCUUUCAAUGUUUGCUGCCUUCUGGGUCGCGUUCAUUCUGAUCUUCCUUGAUUAUGCUCGUCACAUUCGAGUCUGGCUUGUCCUUCCUUUCACGAUUGGCGUUUAUUGCCUCGUUGCUUACCAAUACGGUCUCGAUCCUCUCCUGGCUUUCAUUGGCUUGAGCGAAUACACAUUCAUGAAUUUCUCCCGCGUCCGAGAGCCAUACGUCCGAAAGCUACUUAACAAACGUGCUUUGAUGGCCUCGAUAGUCACUUUUGUGAUCGCUACUUCUUGCAUAGUUCUUUUCGUUUUCGUGCCUGGAAAGAGAUUGUGA